AUGCUUCCCAGCGCCUCGCGGGAGAGACCCGGCCAUAGAGCAGGAGAAGUGGCGGCCCCUGACUUGCUGGAUCCUAAAUCUGCCGCUCAGAACUCUAAACCGAGGCUCUCGUUCUCCACGAAACCCACCGUGCUUGCUUCCCGGGUGGAGACUGACACGACCAUUAAUGUUAUGAAAUGGAAGACGGUCUCCACGAUUUUCCUGGUGGUCGUCCUCUAUCUGAUCAUCGGAGCCACAGUGUUCAAAGCGUUGGAGCAGCCUCACGAGAUUUCCCAGAGGACCACCAUUGUGAUCCAGAAGCAGACGUUCAUUUCCCAGCACUCCUGUGUCAAUUCGACUGAGCUGGACGAACUCAUCCAGCAAAUAGUGGCAGCAAUAAAUGCAGGGAUUAUACCUUUAGGAAACACCUCCAAUCAAAUCAGUCACUGGGAUUUGGGAAGUUCCUUCUUCUUUGCUGGCACUGUUAUUACAACCAUAGGAUUUGGAAACAUCUCACCACGCACAGAAGGGGGAAAAAUAUUCUGUAUCAUCUAUGCCUUACUGGGAAUUCCCCUCUUUGGUUUUCUGUUGGCUGGAGUUGGAGAUCAACUAGGAACCAUAUUUGGAAAAGGAAUUGCAAAAGUGGAAGAUACAUUUAUUAAGUGGAAUGUUAGUCAAACCAAGAUUCGAAUCAUCUCAACAAUCAUAUUUAUACUGUUUGGCUGUGUACUCUUUGUUGCUCUGCCUGCAAUCAUAUUCAAGCACAUAGAAGGCUGGAGUGCCCUGGACGCCAUUUAUUUUGUGGUUAUCACUUUAACAACCAUUGGCUUUGGCGACUACGUUGCAGGUGGAUCAGAUAUUGAAUAUCUAGACUUCUAUAAGCCUGUCGUAUGGUUUUGGAUCCUUGUAGGGCUUGCUUACUUUGCUGCUGUCCUGAGCAUGAUUGGAGACUGGCUCCGAGUGAUAUCAAAAAAGACAAAAGAAGAGGUGGGAGAGUUCAGAGCCCAUGCUGCUGAGUGGACAGCCAACGUCACGGCCGAAUUCAAGGAAACCAGGAGGCGGCUGAGCGUGGAGAUUUACGACAAGUUCCAGCGUGCCACCUCCAUAAAGCGGAAGCUCUCCGCAGAACUGGCUGGAAACCACAACCAGGAGCUGACUCCCUGUAGGAGGACCCUGUCAGUGAACCACCUCGCCAGCGAGAGGGAUGUCUUGCCUCCCUUACUGAAAACUGAAAGUAUCUAUUUGAACGGAUUGACGCCACACUGUGCAGGCGAGGAAAUUGCUGUUAUUGAGAACAUUAAAUAG